AUGAGCGGAACAAAGCGGGAGCGCGGCGGGGGCGCAUGGGGAGCGGAGAGCAGUGGUCCCGGCGGGCGCAGCGGAGCCGGCGGAGCGGGCGGAGCCGGGGGGAGUUCCGCAGGGGCGGGCGGGGAGAAGAAGGUGAAAGUGAUGCAGCGCGGGCACGGCAUUGCGCACCUGGAAAAGCUCCGUCUGCAGGAAUUGCGCAACGCGGAACUAGAGCGGGGGGCGGCGGUGGCGGCGGCCGCGGCAGCUGCGCACGCGGCGAGUACGGGAAGGGGCGGCACUGGCGGGGCGAUGCAGUCGCUGAGCGAGUUCGCCAUUCGGCGGCUUCAGAUUCUGAACGACCUACGGCAGGUGGAAUCAGCAGGCGGGGGAUCGAAUCUCGACGCGGGGGCGUUUGGCGGAGCAGGGGGGCCGGGGGGCGGGAGUGUGGCGAUCGGCGCGGGGUACAACUCCUGGGAGGUCGACAGCAGCUCGCGCACCCCCGGCCCCCGCGGAACUGCGCUGGGCGCAGCGCUAGGCGCAGCGCCAGGGGGAGCGUCAGGGGGGGCGUCAGGGGGAAUGCCAGGGGGAACGUUAGGGGGAACGCUAGGAUCUGCCGCAGGGGGGGGUCCUGCUGGGGCGGCUUCUUCCCGCGGGCUGUCUAAUCUUGCGUUAGGCGCGCGUGCAGGCGGGGGAAGCGCGGAGAUGAGCGCUGGCGGAGCCGGCGGAAGCGGAAUGGGCGCUGGGGGCGUGGCUAUAAGUGCUGGGGGAGGCGGUAGCCCGGGGGGGAGCUCGCUUUCCGCGCAUCUGCCCAGCGCCGUGCCUCUUUCCGCCACUGGCGCGGGGCUGGGGCCCUCCGGUUUGCGCCACAGCAGCUAUGGGGAGGAUGGGGGGACGGAGGGGUCCCCUUUCGUGGGAGGCAGAAGCGGAGGCGGAGGCGAAAGGGGAGGCGCAGGGGGAGGCGGGGGCGGAGGGGGAGGAGGGGCGGGCGGCGGAAGGAAUCCGGAGGAGGAAAGCAGGAGCAGGGGUUUCGUGGGGGGAAGUGACCAGAGGCGGGGUAUCGGGGGGAAUGAUGCUGGUGGGGAGCGACUGGGGGGGGAAGAGGGCGGAAGGGGCGCAAUGUUUGGGGUAGGGGUGGGCAGGAGGGAGGAGGAGGAGGAGAAGGCAGGCAGAGAAAGGGCGUUCCCACUGCACCACACACACCCGUUCAUGCACAGCUCCCGAACCGUGUCCGAGCCUGUGAGUGGAGCCUCGGCGUCGCUCAUCGCGUCGCUCUCCUCGCGAAUACUUGCCGAAGCUCACAUGCGCGAGGCUGCAGCGGCAGGAGCGGCAGGAGGAAUAGGAGGAGCAGGAGGGGUAGGAGGAAUAGGAGGAGCAGGAGCAGCAGGAGCAGCAGGAGCGGCAGGAGUGGCAGGGGCAGCAGGUAACAGCAACGCCAACUCGCCAGCAGCAGCAGCUGCUGCUGCUGCUGCAGCCGCCGCCGCAGCAGCGCAUUUGAACAACCUAAACGCGGCAGCAGCAGCAGCGGCAGCAGCAGCAGCAGCAGCAACAGCAGCAGCAACAGCAGCAGCAACAGCAGCAGCAGCGCACUUUGGGAACAUGGGAGACCUAGGCCCAACGGCAGCAGCAGCUGCGGCAGCAGCAGCAGCAGCAGCAGCGGCAGCAGCAGCAGCAGCAACCACAGCGCAAGAACCCCCCAACCCCUCCUCCUCCCCCUCCCCAGGCCAGACGCUCUCCCCGUUUGUUCCCCCAGCCUCCCCAUUCUCCCCAGCCUCUCUAGCCGACUCUGUCCUUUGGAACCGCCUCAAGGCGGACGCUCAUUCAAGGGAUUUGGCUCUUAGAGAUUCGAAAGCAGCGGAGUUGGCUUUAAGGGACGUGAAAGCGGAUGACUUGGGUCCAGGAGACGUGAAAACCGUGAACAAAGAGGGUCAGUUACGGGGUUUGGAAGCGGCUCAGGAAGCGAGAGCGGCUCAAGAGGCGAGAGCGGCUCAAGAGGCGAGAGCGGCUUUUAGGCUGCAGCUGGAGGGUCAGUUACGGGGUUCGGAAGCAGCUCAAGAGGCGAGAAUGACUCAAGAGGCAAAAGCUGCGGACCUGGCUUUUAGGCUGCAACUGGAGGGGCGGUUAGGGCCGCAGGAAGCAGCACGGCAGCUGGAAGCGUUUUCUGAGCCCAGAGGAAGGGAUUUGGCGCGGAUUCUUGAGUCGGCGCAAAAUGAGUUGACUUUUGAGUCGACUCAAAAGUCAAGGGAUUUGGCGUGGAUUCUUGAGUCGGCGCAAAAAGCGGCGCAGGAGUCGAAAGCCGCGGAUCUGGCUUUAAGGCUGCAGCUAGAGGGCAGGCUGGGACCGCAGGAGGCAGCACGGCAGCUGGAAGCGGCUAGGCUAGCCGCUGCUGGGGUCUUGGGGGGGGCAGGAGCAGGGGGAGGGGGGAGAGGCGGAGGGGUAGGGGCAGGGGGAGGGGCAGGAGGGGGCGCGGGGGAAGGGGCAGAGGGAAGCGCGGGGUCAGGCGCGGGGGGAGGGCGAUUGGGGGGAGCUGGAGCAGGAAUGGGAGGAGGUGCUGGAGGAGGGGGAGGAUUAGGGUUGGGAAUGGGAGGUGUGGUGUUGGAAACGAGAGGGCGAGGGGGGGAUGUGUAUCUGCAGAAGGGAGAGAAGGAGAAUCAUAUCUUUGGAUCGGAUUUUGAGGCGCCUCAGAAGAAAAGGUCGUUUGAAGCCACUUUAAAGGCUGGUGCUGCUGGUGGGGAUGAAUCAGGAGGGCCAGGGGGGGAGGGGUUUGGAAAGCAGGGGGAGGGAAGGAUGGGCCGGGAGGUGAAUCAGCAGGGGGAGUGGUUUGGAAAGCAGGGGGAGUCUAGACUGACGGAGGGUGGGGAGAAGAGACGGAAGGAGGAGGGGAUGGAUGAGGAGGAAGGAGGAUGGAAGAGACAUGGUGGUGCGGGCGAGGUGGGUACAGACGCUGCUACAGGCGGUGCUACAGGUGCUUAUGCUGAAACUGGCGAGGCUGCGUCUGUUGGUGCGGUCAGUGGUGUACUGCAUGAGGAGAUGAGAUUGUUGGAGAAGAACAAGAAAUACUGGGAGAAGCAGAGAGUAGAUGACAAGGGAGCAGCUGAGGGAAAUACGAAAGCUGAGGAGCGAAGGCCAGAGAGGAGAGGGAGAGGAGGGGAAAAGAAGGGGGUGGUUGAGGAGGGGAGAAGAGUUAAAGAGGAAAGGGCGGUGGAGAACUGGAGGAUGGGUGGGGAGGAGAGGAGAGAGGAGGAGAGGAGAGGGAAGGAGGGGAGGAGAGUUAGAGAGGAAAGGGAGGUGGAGGACUGGAGGAUGGGUGGGGAGGAGAGGAGAGAGGAGGAGAGGAGAGGGAAGGAGGGGAGGAGAGUUGAAGAGGAAAGGGAGGUGGAGGACUGGAGGAUGGGUGGGGAGGAGAGGAGAGAAGUGGAGGAGAAGAGAGCAGAGGAGGAGAGGAGAGAAGUGGAGGAGGAGAAGAAAGCAGUGGAGGAUGUGAGGGGUGUAGAGGAGUUGAGGGCGGUUGAGAGGUUGAGGAGCAACAUGGCCAAGUGCUUGGGGGAGGAGGUGGCUCGACGGGUCUUUGCUGCCAUGCAGUCUCAGGAGGAGGAGUGCAGCAGGCAGAUUUGCGAGCUGCAUCAAUUACAUGAGAAGCAGCAGCAGCUUCUGUCUCAGCUACAGCUGCCAGUCAUGCCCCCUCCCUCCCCCCCCCCACCUCCUCCCUCCCCUCCCCUGCUGCUGCUCCUCGCUCCACCUCCUCCCUCCCCUCCCCUGCUGCUGCUCCUCGCUCCACCUCCUCCCUCCCCUCUCCUGCUGCUGCUCCUCGCUCCACCUCCUCCCUUCCUUCCCCUGCUGCUGCGCCUCCCUCUACCUCCUCCCUCCCCUCUCCUGCUGCUGCUCCUCGCUCCACCUCCUCCCUUCCUUCCCCUGCUGCUGCGCCUCCCUCUACCUCUCUCCAUAUGGGUGGAGGAGAAGCAACAGCAACUGCAACAGCCCCCCCUACCGUUGCCGCACCUCUUUCCCGCAGCAGGCCCACACCCACGUUCAACCCGCCUGAGAGCUGGGCUCGGGCUGCUUAUGCCUGCAACGGUGCUCCGGACCUGA